AUGCUUUUCAUCUUUCUUAACCUUUUAUGCUGUGCUUUUGUCACUGCACUCCUCCCUAAGGAAGAUGCUCUAGAGAAUUGGGCUAAGGGUAAGGGUCACCACUGGGGUGGGGGUAACACUAUUGCCGGUGGGCAUGUGGGGGGGGGGGGGGUGGUGGUGGUGGUUGCGACCCGGUCGCUUGUGACAUUAAGUGUCGUAAAAUUGGCGACCAAUCAGGUUACUGCGACAACGGUGAUCGACCUUUCGGUUUAUAUGGACGUGAUAUCCUUGGACAAACUCCGUCAGGCUGCAUUUGUAUACCAACAACAGAUUGUGUUCCUUCUUGCGCGUCCGGCCUCACCUGUUGCAAUGGAGCCUGCACCAACCUCCAGAACACUACUAGUAACUUGCCCUGCUGGAUCAGCUUGCUCAUCGGGCGCCUGCAUAUGCACGACUUUCCAGGCACAGGUCACAUUCCCCGUGGGGUCCACUCCAGCUUUUGUUGCGGUUGGCGACUUCAACAGAGAUGGCUAUCCUGAUAUCGUGACUACGAAUACCGGCGACAAUUCAGUAAGCGUCUUGCUUGGAACUGGAUCGGACAGCUUCCAGCCACAGACCACAUUUGCCGUAGGAUCCUUUCCGCUCGGUGUUGCAGUAGGCGACUUCAACAGAGAUGGCCAUCUCGAUAUCGUGACUGCUAAUGCCGCCGACGAUACAGGACUCCAGCCGAUCUCUGUUGCAGUAGGAGACUUCAACAAAGAUGGCUAUCUCGAUAUCGUGACUACGAAUCCUGGUAACAAUUCAGUGAGCGUCUUGCUUGGGACUAGAUCGGGAAGCUUCCAGCCGCGAGCAUUAUACUCUGUGGGAUCCAUUCCAGAAGGUAUUGCGGUAGGCGACUUCAACAGAGAUGGCCAUCUCGAUAUCGUGGCUACGAAUAUCGGCGACAAUUCAGUAAGCAUCUUGCUCGGAACUGGAUCGGGCAGCUUCCAGCCACAGGUCAUAUUCGCCACAGGGGCCCAACCGUAUGAUGUUGCUGUAGGCGACUUUAAUGAAGAUGGCUAUCUCGACAUCGUGACUACGAAUCGGCUCGUCAAUGGUACAGUGAGCGUCUUGCUUGGGACUGGAUCGGGGAAUUUCCAGCUACAGGCCAUAUUCCCCGUGGUGGGGUCCGGUCCAGAAGGUAUUGCAGUGGGCGACUUUAACAGAGAUGGCUACCUCGAUAUUGUGACUGCGAAUAGCUUUGACGGAACAGUGAGUGUCUUGCUUGGGACUGGAUUAGGAAGCUUCCAGCCGCAGGCCACAUUCCCCGUGGGGUCCGCUCCAGAAGGUGUUGCAGUAGGCGACUUCAACAGAGAUGGCUAUCUCGAUAUCGUGACUGCGAACCAAGGAAACAAUACAGUGAGCGUCUUGUUCGGGAUGCGCUGCGACGCUUAG